UAAAAUUCAAGUUUUUAUUCUAAAAAAACUAUCGACAAAUUAAAAAAACGAUUUUGAUGCAAAAUGUCACGUCUCUAAUAACUAAUGGAAUCUGUAUGGCUAAAGUCCUUUGCCUUUCCCAUUAGGGAUAAAUUGAAAAUAAAAAAAAUAAGCAAUGGAAAAUGUACGAUUUAUUUACGAAUUUCUAUACAUUAUACAGGUUUAAAUAAUCUUUAUUAAUAUUUAGACGGAACUCCGGCAGAAAAAAUAACUUGGAGGUGUUCCAUUAAAGGUACGGUAUAAUUAAUACUUAAUAAUUAUGGCUCAAAGAGAGCGUCGCUCAAAUGCUGGGAAUCGUAUGUCAAAACUAUUAGAUGAAGAAGAAGAAGAUGAUUUCUACAAUACAACUUAUGGGGGUUUCGAAGAAGCAGCUGAAGACCAAGACUAUGUGGAGGAACGAGAAGUAGAUGAUGUGGUAGAUUCAGAUUUUGAUAUUGACGAGAAUGAUGAAGUUACUUCAGAUCAAGAAACGGAAGCAAAAGAAAAGAAAAAAAGUAGUGGAAAGGUGUAUAAAGAUCCAAAUAAAGUAAAAAAGGCUAUAGAAAAAAAGAAACUUGUACCGAAAAAGCCCAAAGAGCCAAGAGAACCGAAGUCUAAGGACACAAAUGAACUUGACCAGAGCUUAAACACAUCUUUAGAAAGAAAAUCAAUUAGACAAAGUACAGCAGUGAAAUCUCUAGAGACACAACAAAGAAUUAAAAUAAGAUCAGAGUUGAAGAAAAAGAAACCAAAAAAAGCAGAAGAGAGAGUUUUGACACAAGAAGAGUUGUUGGAAGAAGCACUUAUUACAGAGACGGAGAAUCUUAAGAGCUUAGAACGGUAUGAACAAAGUGAAUUGGAAAGAAAAAAAGUUAGGCCCGUGAAGAAAAGUAUAACAGGACCAGUUAUCAAAUAUCACUCAUUUGCUGUACCAUUGCCAAAAGAAAAGGGAAUAGACAAAGGAAUACCUAUGGAGUUAAAUCUUAGUGACCUCAUCAAGAAUGAAGAUGUGAGGCUACCUCAAGAUGUUGACAUGGAGCCGAAGUUAGAAAGCGAAGGAAGUGAAACAAAAGAACAACCUAAGGAGACAAUUGAAGUUGUUGGCCCUGAUGAAGAAAUCACUCUAAACGAUGAAAAGAAAACGGAAAACAAACCGAAGCGAAAAAACAACGUGACCUACUACGAGCGAACUCUGCUUUCAUUCGAAAAUGAUAUAAAGAAUGUGGCGUUCAACAAAUGUUUCCCGCAGAGCAAACCUCGACGGAAGAGAGAGAUGCUCUGUGCUGUCACCAAACGUCCAGCUCGAUACAUAGAUCCCAUAACAAAGCUGCCAUACAGAAGCGUGGACGCGUUCCGCAUUAUACGAGAGGCGUAUUACCAACAGCUCGAAGCGAGAGGCGAUCGCUCUCAUCCUCUAAUGGCUGAGUGGCUUCAGUGGAGACGGGCGGAUACAGCAUCGACAUAUGUGCAAAUUAAUAUUAAGUAAUCAAGGCUUUUUGCGAUUAACGUAUACCAGUGGUCUUACUCUGCAACUCUCAAUUAACUAAACAAUUGCCGAAAUCAAAUAAGCCCAACCUUUUUUGACAUCUGUGGACGAUGUCAACAUGUGUGAAGUUUUCUAAUGUCAAACAUAGAUGGCGUGAUUUGCUAAAAAAAUUAGGGGAUUUUAUUUUAGGGGUUUUACGUUAAAUUCAGAGAUGCGAGUGCUGCUAAGAAUAUCAGUCUGUAACUAAACACGUAUAACCUACUAAGCCAAUAUAUAUAAACGAAAUUUGUAGGAAUUUUGUCACAAUUGAUUUAUUAAAAACAGUCGUUAUAAGCGAUCUCGGCGAUACUUCCAAAAUCGCUAGACACAUAAAUUUUGGUCUCAAAUAUGCUUUAAAUUCAAGGACUUUAGCGAUGCUAUAGACAAAAUGCGAGGUUAUAAAUUAAACCCUUACUUAUAUUUAAUUCUUUUUAAAAAAAUUUCAUGAAAUUCUCUCAGGUCUGCAUAGAAUUAGCGAUUGACACAAUUUUUUUGUGUCAAAAAAUUGUGUCAAUCUAUUAUUUUUAAGACACCUUUUGUUUAACGUGGCAUUUAUAUUAUCGACUUUUUUUUGAAUGACACCUUUUUUAACAUGACAUCUAUUAUUUUACUUCAGACCUAUUUGCGUCAUCUGUUUCCAAUAUUUGUACGAACCCAAGCUUAGCAUUGACUAAUUAUUUUGAUUGAUGUUUUCUUUAUUGAAAGUAACUGCCGGCCGAACAGCUUGGUUCUAAGAAGAAAGUUAACAAAAUUAAGAAAAAUAUUUAACUAAACUUUUGUCUAAAUGAAAAUCUUAAUGUCCGUCGUUCUACAACUAAGCGUUAAGUGCAAUUUCUGCCGAGCAAAACUACAAUGGGAACCAGCUACCCAC